AUGUAUAUAACCCCGAACCAAUAUGCAAAGACGUUCCAAGAUAUAAAACGCUCAUCAUUAUCUCACUCCACCUGUAAACUUGUUAUAUUUGUUUCUUGCUUAGAUGUGGAUGCAUUAUGUGCUGCCAAAAUUUUGAGUUUACUUUUAAGAAAAGAAUUAAUCCAAUAUCAAUUAAUUCCUACAACAGGAUACUCGGAUUUAAAAUUGCAUUAUGAUAAGUUGGAUAGUGAGGUCACAAAUAUAAUACUAAUUGGAUGUGGUGCCAUGUUGGAUUUAGAAGGAUUUUUCGAUGUCAAUCCAGAAGAGUUUUUAGGUGAUAAUUCUACUACCAAUGGCCACACAAUAGAUAACGACACUGAAUUAGAACUAGAUGCAGUGAAAACUGACAAUUUUGCCUUGACAAGAAAAAUCUAUGUUGUAGAUGGACACAGACCGUGGAAUUUGGAUAAUUUAUUUGGAUCGGCCAUGGUUGUUUGUUUGGAUAAUGGGUAUAUUGAUGGGAACUUGAACGAAGAAAAGGAAGCAUACAAUGUGUUGGUAGAAAUGAGUGAUAGUGAAGACGAAGAUGAAGAUGAAGGGCACAACCAGAACAGUCAUACUGAUGAUGACCAAGAGGGAGACAAAACUGAUGCUGAUGAUGAAAAUGACGAAUCAAGUGUUUCAACAUCACGCAAAGGAGUUAAAUCCAUCAAUGAAGAUAAGAUUCAGACAUAUUACAACCAGUCAUCAACAAUAGCAAGCUCAUGCUCGAUAACAGUUUAUGCAUUAGUUAGUGCCAUCGGUGAGACCAAUGUUGACAACUUAUGGUUAGGCAUUGUCGGUGCCAGUGGAUUUGAUUGUUCUAUAUUUGUCGACGAAGUGAGGCGUUUCUCGACCGAUUCUGGUAUUCAUAUGGAACGUGGGACGUACCUUCCGUUGUUGCGACAUUCUUCUCUUUACGAUGCCUUGCUUUAUAACUGGAUUGACGGUGACAAGAGAAUACACAAGAUUCUUGCAAAAAUGGGUGUUCCGAUUGUUGCUGCAAAACAACAAUGGCAAUAUUUAGAUCCACCAAUCAAGAACAAACUACCUGGAUUAUUGAAGAAAUAUCUACCUGAACUCCCACAAGUUGAAAUAUUUUACCGAUGUGGUGUCACGUCCAUGGACGUGUUUGUUUCAUUAACUGCAUUAUUAGAGACCGGGGUUGGUCUCAACAAUACUAGUGCUAAUAGUAUUGACCAUGGUGACCUUGAAGAUGAAAAUGAACUAAUUCGAAGAGAAAUUAAAAGCAGAGAGUCAAGCUACAUUCGAAAUUUUUGGUCAGCCUUUGAUUCAGUAAGUUCUUUUGGGAUUUCCAACAACAUUGGAUUAGAAAAGGGAAUAACAGCAGCAAAAUUGGUUCAAAAAGAAUUAUUCCAAACUAUCAAAUACAUAAUUGAACAAAAAUUAAUUAAAAAUUUAAAAGUUUAUCGACUUUGCAUUUUAAAAGAUGAGUCCUCGCAUCUGGGUUUUGAUAAUCCAGUAUUGUUAAUUAAAUUGUCUAAUCGUAUCAUGGAUUAUUUAAAACAACAAACACUGAAACCUUUAGUGGUAGCAGCAGAACUUUCCAAUACAUAUUUCGUUUUGGGUAUGGGAAUUAACAAUGCAUUUUCUAAAAUUUCUGGUGCUCAAAUGAAGAAAGAUUUCUUUGAAGCAUCAUUAGUGGAAAUUAAAAAGGAAGAUUUGGCUCCAUUUUUGGAACAAUUGACCUUCAAUUUAUAA